UUCUUUCAAAUCCACACACCUGCAACACCACAUUUCUCGCGUCCUCGUACCACGCUGUCAUAUCGCCAGGAGACCGCUCUGGCGAACUAUCUCGGAUACACAAAAAUCGACCUGAUAUUACCAUCGAUGGGCUACACUUUCGCAUCCGGCGCUUCCUCUCACUCUUCCUUCGUGUUCGGCUUUGCUGGCUCAGUUGCGCUUGUGAAUCGCAACAUCGCUCUCGGAGUUUCCACAAUCGAGGCGUCCUUUGCCACUCGAGAACAGCUAAGUGUGCGAGGCCCGCCUUGAAGGGCGGGCGAAAGGUUAUUACGGAAUAGAUCUGACGGGAUCUAAACGCACGCGAUUCAAGCGUAAACACUGCCUCGAUCUCUAAACGCUGGCUUUCAUCUAAUCGUCUCUGGGUGGACGGAGCAUAUACCGUGACUUGAUUAAGGCGUAGUCGAUAUGGCCCCUAGUACAACAACAGGCUCUGGCACUAUCAUUAGCAGCAUGAGCGCCACUGGAGUCAGUAUUGGAGAGUCCUGUUGCGACUCAAAGAGUGCAUUGCGCCAAACUCUUCUGGUCAAUGCGACUGGCUCGAUUUUGAAAGCCGAGGAUGACAGGACGCCGCGCUCCAUUAGUAGAGUCCUAAGUCAAGAGACUAUGGGCUCUUCCACUCCUCCCAUGCGGAUCGCCUCACAGUCUCCCGCGAGAAUGAAGAGCCAUAUUCCUCUUGACGAGAGUACUGAUGCACCGAAGCUUGACUUUGAGAAAGUGCGUAAGAAGGCCGCAAAGAAGAAGAGGCAGCGUGCACAGAGAAUGGGACCAGCUGCUCCGGCAACGCAGACGAUUCGGGGAUUCCAGACGCCCAUUACGUCUGCUGGAGAAGAGUCGGAUCAUUCAAUCGCGAAUACUCCGCAAUGGAGCUCGAAGAUUCGCGAGUUUACCAGCGUCACGAGCAGCCCAGCGAUGCGGCCUUGCACGCCUUCUGGCAUCAGUGCGCUGAAACAACGUCUGGACGCGCUGAGCAUCGACACAAAUUCUGGAGCGAGUUCACCCCCUAACAUGCGCCGUGAAGUCUCCAGCACAGGAUCGGAUGCCAGUUUGAGCGAUAGGACCGAGAUGGACACAUACGAAGUACCCCUUGUCAAUGAUUUCGUCAGCCCAGAUGUUCAGUCCAAGCCCUCUACCAUGCUUUCUUCCAUCGAAGGUGGGCUUCGUCAGAAUUCUGUUCAUCGGAAGAUGACCGCAGCUGACUUUGAGCCAAUGAAGUGUUUGGGUAAGGGGGCAUUUGGGACGGUCUUGCUUGUCAAGCAGGUUACGACUGGCAGAUUGUAUGCCCAAAAGCAGUUCAAAAAGGCGUCUCUGGUCGUUCAUAAGCGAUUGAUCGAGCAGACGAAGACGGAACGUCACAUUCUGGAGACGGUCAACCGCCAUCCCUUCGUGGUCAAACUUUUUUACGCUUUCCAGGAUCAUGAAAAGCUAUAUCUCAUCCUUGAAUAUGCACAAGGGGGGGAAUUGUUUCAUCACUUGGCCAUGGAGCGAAUGUUCCCUGAGGAAACAGCUUCGUUCUACAUGGCUGAGAUGGUACUGGCCUUAGAGCACCUUCACCAAAAUCUCGGUGUUGUCUACCGUGAUCUCAAGCCUGAAAAUUGCUUGCUCGAUGCAGAGGGUCAUCUUCUGCUAACUGAUUUUGGUCUCUCCAAGGUUGCAACCGAUGACGCCGACAAGUGUAACUCUUUUCUAGGCACAGUAGACUACAUGGCCCCUGAAAUCGUGGCUGGCAAGGAAUACAGCUUCGCCGUCGACUGGUGGUCCCUAGGCGCGCUAGGUUUUGAUCUGCUCACAGGCGCGCCACCCUUCCCUGGCAACAACAAUGCCAAGAUCCAGGCCAAUAUUCUCAAGGCUAAGCUCAACUUUCCAUUCUUUCUUGGACCCGAUGCAAAGGACCUUCUCACUCGGCUUCUGCGUAAGGAGCCCCACAAAAGACUAGGAAAUAACAUGCCCAAGGACAUGCAAAUCAUCAAGGGUCAUCGUUUCUUCAAAAAGAUUGACUGGAAGAAGCUGGCCAAGCGUGAGCUGGAGCCACCCAUUAAACCUCUGAUUACGGACCCGGAGUUAGCAGAGAACUUCGAUACGGAAUUCACGGAAUUGGCUGUUAGCCCAGUGACGCAGAAGCGGAGCGUGCUUGCCGAGGAUGAGCCGAUGACUGAUGCACCACCGGAUCCUUUUGGAGGAUUCAGCUUUGUAGCUAGCAAGAGCUUGUUGGAUGCGGAUCAAUUCUUUCUAUGACAUGGUGUGAAAGCAUUUUGGGUUGCUUUUUUUAGUUGCUUGCUGGCUUUUAUCCGAGUUUCUCCGUUUCUUUUUGGUCUGAGAAUUGUGAAGUAUGCUAGUGCGCUGCGUUUGGCUCUGCUGUUAUAGAGGUUUACCGAUGCAAGCUUUGUGAUUCCAUCAAUUGAAAAAGACUCCC